AUGGAUAAAACACAAGCAUACAAAAUUGUCAAUGAUAACCCAUUAUAUGAUAUUAUCAACCAAAUUAUCCAUUUUUUACAAACAUGGUUAACAAAUAAAUACAUUACCACUGAACAGUACGAGAACCUAUGGCCAGUACAUAGAAAAUACCAAUUAGCACAUCUUUAUUAUCUACCACAAGCACACAAACAAGGAACACCGUUACGCCCAAUUUGUGCCUCGAUCAAUUCACCAACUGCACGAUUGUCACAAUUUUUAGAUAAUUUACUUCGACCAUUAUUUAAGCAAUCAACAUCAACAUCAAUUGAAAAUGGAAUAUACAUAGUACAACAAUUAAAAUCAUAUUCACGAUCUGAACAAUUUACACCGAAGACAUUAUUUAUCACUUUCGACAUCGUCGAUUUAUAUACUAUGCUAAAUCACAACCUAGCAAUAUUUUAUUUGAGAAGAUUCUUACAAGAAGGCUUGCAAUUAACAGCAUUAGACGGAAUACCAAUAGACGUUAUUAUUAAAAUAUGUAAUCUUGUUUUGAAAAAUAACUACUUUUACUAUGACAAUAAUUAUUACCAUCAAAUUAAAGGAGGUGCAAUGGGAUCAUCAUUAACAUUGUCAUUAGCAAAUAUUUACAUGAAAUAUUGA